UCCUUUCUAUUACAUCUGGGUACUGUUGGUUUUCGGACGGGAGGAGAGCUGAAGGGGGGCAGUCAUUUAUGCAGAGAGGGAGAGGGAGAAAGAGAGAUCUGCUUUUUUCACUCCCACUCCACAUUCAUAUACUAAGAGAGACUAAGAGGAAGAUACAUGGGAAGUAAAAAGACCGUGUGAGGACUGUGAAUUGUCAGCACUCUAACCCUGGCAUAGUGUAUCCCAAAACAAGACCCAGGACUGAAGAGGAGGAUCUGCAGAAAGAGGACAUCCAGAUUAACACUUGGCAGCAAGAGACACUAGAGUCAAAGUGCAGGGUAAUCCCUAAGUGAGAUCACAAGCUGAGGGUUAUACAAGUGCCUUAUUCAGCAACUGGGAACUUUCUUAGUAUAUGCUUGGCUCAUUUUGGAUUUAAACAGUUGUGGCGUGUAUCUUCUUCACCUGUCUGAGCUCGGAGACCCCCGCUUUGAGGAGCUGGGGACUUUCUUUUAGGGGACAGCAGGGCAUAUCAUGGCUUUUAAGUUGCGGUUUGCCUGGUCUGUGUCCUUCCUCCUGACUGCGCUGCUGGGAAUCCCUUUACCUACAUGCUGGGCUCGCACAUACACCAACCACUGGGCUGUGAGGAUAUCAGGGGAUGCCCAAGAAGCCGACAGGAUAGCUAGCAAAUACGGAUACCUCAACAUGGGACCGAUUGGGUCUCUCCAGAAUUACUAUCACUUUUACCACAGUAGAACUAUCAAGAGGUCAGUUUUGUCAAGCCGUGGAACACAUAACUUCAUCUCCAUGGAACCAAAGGUAGAAUGGAUAGAACAGCAAGUGGUUAAGAAAAGAACGAAGAGGGAUUAUAAAGUUAGCAACAUACAUUCUGCCUAUUUCAAUGAUCUCAAGUGGCCAAGCAUGUGGUAUAUUCACUGCAGUGACAAUGCCCAUCACUGUCAGUCUGACAUGAACAUUGUGGGUGCCUGGAAGAGGGGAUAUACUGGAAAGAAUGUUGUGGUUACGAUUUUGGAUGAUGGGAUUGAAAGAAACCAUCCUGACUUGAUGCAGAAUUACGAUCCCCUGGCCAGCACUGAUAUCAAUGGCAAUGACUAUGAUCCCAUGCCUCGAUAUGAUGCCAGCAAUGAGAACAAACAUGGAACCCGCUGUGCAGGAGAAGUAGCAGCUACUGCAAACAACUCGCAUUGUACAGUAGGAAUUGCAUUUAAUGCCAGAAUUGGUGGUGUACGCAUGUUGGAUGGUGAUGUAACAGACAUGGUAGAAGCUAAAUCUCUCAGUCUAAACCCACAACAUGUGCAUAUCUACAGUGCAAGCUGGGGUCCAGAUGAUGAUGGAAAGACAGUGGAUGGACCAGCUGCUCUUGCCAGGGAUGCCUUUGAGAAUGGCAUCAGAACAGGAAGACGAGGAUACGGUUCAAUAUUCGUAUGGGCUUCUGGUAAUGGUGGUAGAAGUAGAGAUCACUGCUCCUGCGAUGGUUAUACCAAUUCUAUCUACACCAUCUCUAUUAGCAGCACAACUGAAAGUGGCAAAAAACCCUGGUAUCUGGAAGAGUGUGCCUCAACACUGGCGACAACUUACAGCAGCGGGGAAUCAUAUGACAGAAAAGUGAUCACCACAGAUCUACGGCAGCGCUGUACAGACAGUCACACUGGAACCUCAGCAUCAGCUCCUAUGGCUGCUGGGAUUAUAGCCCUCGCACUAGAAGCCAACCCAUUCUUAUCAUGGAGAGAUGUGCAGCAUAUCAUUGUAAGGACCUCCCGUCCAAGGCACUUAAAUGCUCCAGACUGGAAGACAAAUGCAGCAGGUCACAAGGUGAGCCACCUUUAUGGGUUUGGUUUGAUGGAUGCUGAAGCAAUGGUGAUAGAAGCAGAAAAAUGGACGCCAGUUCCCGCGCAGCAUAUAUGUGUAGAAAACACUGACCGGCAGAUUAAGACAAUCCGACCAGACCAUGUUGUUCGCUCAGUUUAUAAAGCAACAGGCUGUGCUGAUAACUCAAACCAUCAUGUUAUUUAUUUGGAGCAUGUGGUAGUACGGAUUACAAUAACACACCCACGUAGAGGAGAUCUGGCCAUCUAUCUGACAUCUCCUUCUGGCACGAGGUCACAAAUGUUAGCUAACAGAUUAUUUGACCAUUCCAUGGAAGGAUUUAAGAACUGGGAAUUUAUGACCACACACUGCUGGGGAGAGAAGGCCUCAGGAGACUGGAUUCUGGAGAUUUAUGAUACCCCUUCACAGUUGAGGAACUUCAAGACGCCAGGGAAAUUGAAAGAAUGGUCCCUUGUUUUGUAUGGCACAUCCAUUCAGCCAUACUCACCCAGAAAUGAUGUUCCUAAGGUGGAGAGAGUACGGUCCAGUCCUAUUGAGGAGCCAUCAGAGGAGUACAACAUUGAUGACUACACAGGUGCCUGUGAUACAGAAUGCAGUGAAGUAGGGUGUGAUGGGCCUGGGCCACAUCACUGCAAUGACUGUCUACAUUUUUAUUAUAAAGCAAAGAACAACACAAGAAUAUGUGUAUUAGAUUGUCCCUUGGGCUACUAUCCCGCAGACAAGAAGAGAUGUAAAAAAUGUUUUCCAACUUGUGAAACAUGCUUGGGAAGUCGCAGUGAUCAAUGCUCAUCCUGUAAAUCAGGUUACUACUUAAAUGAAGAGACUAACAGUUGUGUCACAAACUGCCCAGAUGGGUUCUACUUAAAUGACAAAAAGAACCUUUGUAAAAAAUGUCAUGAAAACUGCAAGACAUGCACAUCUGCUGACAUCUGCACCGAAUGCAAGCAUGGCCUCAGUUUACAGGGAUCCAAAUGUGCUGUUACCUGCGAGGAUGAGAAAUAUUACAGUGCCAUCAAGAAGGAAUGUGAGCCCUGUCACAGAUCAUGUGCUACAUGCACAGGACCCGGCAUAGACAACUGUAUAAACUGUGCAAAAGAAAUGGCACUUGAAGAUGGACGAUGUGUUACAUCAUGUAGUUCUGAAUAUUAUUUUACUCUACCCAAGGCUAAUGGUUAUAAAACUUGUAAACGAUGUGACGGGAGCUGCUCAACAUGUUCUGGCCCAGGAGAGAGGAACUGUACGAGUUGUCCUGAGGGUUAUUUGUUAGAAGGAAGUACUUGUAUGGUGGGAACAAUCUGCAAAGAUGGCGAAUAUAUUGAUGCAACUGGACAUUGCAGGCCAUGUGAUGCAUCUUGUUAUAAGUGCACUGGUCCUGGUAGACAUAAGUGUAUUGGAUGUUCCAUUACAAGAUUCUUUGAUGAUGGAGAGUGUGUAUUGAUCUGUCCUUCUGGAAAAUAUGAGCUUAAUAGACAGUGCCAUUCCUGUCACCAUACUUGUCACAGGUGCAAUGACAGUGAGCCUGAUGCAUGUAUAUCCUGUGGCACCGAUAAAAAUGGAAGAAUACGCUACCUCUACAAUGGGGAAUGCAAAGAAGUCUGCCCUCAGGGUUAUUUCACCUUUGAGAACACCUGUGUGCAGUGUCCGGAAAACUGUGAAUUUUGCAAGAGCCAAACCAAAUGUGACAAAUGUCUGGAAAAGUUCUUCCCUGUCAAUGGAGCGUGCCAGGAGCUGGAAUGUCCAGAAGGGAACGUUGAAGAUCCUGAUACUGAGGAAUGUGUGCCAUGUGCAGAAGGAUGUCGAGAGUGUUCUUCAGAUGAUACUGAACUCUGCACCUCCUGCCAAAAUGGAUAUUAUAUAUUUGAGAAUUUCUGUUACAAGCUUUGUCCAGAUAAAACAUACAGCAGAGAUGCAAUAAUGAGCUGCAUUUCAUGUGCGACAUCAUGUUUGAGCUGCACUGAAGAUGAGUGUCUGUAUUGUGAUGAAGGCUUCUUUCUGAAAGAUGGGUCGUGUGUAAGGGACUGCGGCCAAGGCUUCUACACUGAUGAAAUAAACAGAGAGUGUGACACUUGCUACAGAACAUGUGAAUCUUGUACUGGACCAGACUAUGAUGAGUGUGUAACUUGCAAAGCUGAUUUUCAGUGGAUAAACGACAAAUGUGUGAAUCCAUCUACCAAAGAGCCACCGCCAGGGACAUAUUGGGAUGAAGCUGCAGUUGUGUUCUCUCCAUGUGAUGAGAUUUGUAAGACCUGCAAUAUAUCUGCUUAUGCUUGCACAUCGUGUCAUCCAGGGACAUUUCUUCAUGAUGAGAGCUGCAUUAAAUCAUGUCCGCGGGGGACCUUUAGUAAUACAAAGGACAGACGAUGUGAAAGAUGUUCAGAAGGCUGUGAGAUGUGUGCAGAAAACAAUGAAUGCCUGAAGUGCUCACAUGACAUUCUGCAUGCUGGGAGAUGUUAUAAGAGCUGCCCUGAAGGCUUCUUUAGCUUCGGAGGAGGCUGCACCGAAUGCAGCAAGGGCUGCAACACCUGUGAUAAACAAGCAGACUAUUGCCUGUCAUGCCAUGCACCUAAAGUUUUGGAGCUAGCUACAUGUCAAAGUGACUGUUCUUCCAAGUUUGUAAAUGUUAAUGGUGUCUGCCGACACUGUCCUUCCAGCUGCCUGUCUUGUGUUGAUGAAGAAACCUGUACAGAAUGCAUACCAGAUUACUUUCUAUAUAAGGACAAAUGUGUGAGCUCUUGCCCUGAUGGGUAUUAUGGGGAAGACGGUAGAUGUUUUCCUUGUGAUGGCAUAUGUGCAAAAUGCAAUGGACCUGACCCAGAUGAUUGUGAGAAGUGCGCCAGUUCCAGCUUUUUCCUGUAUAAGGGAGAAUGCUUUGGGAGAUGUCCACAAGGAACUUUUUACAUGUCUGGGGACAAAUUUUGUCAAGAUUGUGACAGCACUUGUAAAUCUUGCUAUUCAUUUAAGACUUGUGACGAAUGUAAAGAGGAUUUAGUUAAAAACGGCCAAGGUCACUGUGUGUCAUAUAAAGAGUGCAACCUCCAUGAAUAUAUGGAUGGUCAGAAAGGCUGCCUCCCGUGUCAUAGGAAGUGUUCACGGUGUACAGGAGCCAGUGAACACCAGUGUUUAAGCUGCAAAGACAACUACUACCUUCUCAAUUCCACCUGUGUAAAUAACUGCCCUGUUGGUCACUUCCAAGAAGAUGAAGCAAGACGCUGUGUUCCUUGCCAUAGCACCUGUAAGACUUGCAGUGGGAGACGAAGCAGCCAAUGCCUGUCAUGCAAAGAGGGAUGGUACUCUCUAGGUCAAAGCUGUGUACAGCACUGCAUUUGGGGAUAUUAUGCCGAUAACACCACUGCCUCAUGUGAGAGAUGUAACAGAGUCUGCAAGGAAUGUCAGGGACCAAAUUCAAAUGACUGCGAUGCCUGCUUCGAUAAUUUUUUCCUGAUGAGAACUAGCAAACAAUGUCAUAGCUCGUGUCCUGAAUACUACUAUGAAGACCAUGCCCAAAAAGUUUGUGAAAGGUGCCACCCAACCUGCAAGACUUGUAGUGGUUCAGGUGCCCUAUUGUGCACAUCAUGUGUGACAAGUUACGAGCUGCAAGGGGGAAUUUGUCGCUCUGAGUGUUUUGCUGGAGAAUACAAGAGUGCACAGGGACCAGAUGUACCGUGUGAACAAUGCCAUGAAAGCUGUAUAGAGUGUAAGGGACCUGGACUACUGAACUGUACUGUGUGCCCAGCAAGCUUUUCACUAUAUGUGAAUGAAGGAAGGUGUGUGCAUUGCUGCCACUCUAAGCCAGAAGGCUUCGGUGAAUGCUGUGACUGUAGUGAAGUACCAGAGGAAUGCAAGUUAAUUCCCGGAGUCCUGACAGAGAACAACGGGCACAAGAAGACUGCUUUGUUUCUAGCCACAUCUAUUCUGCUGGUGCUUAGCACUGGAGCAAUCAUAUUCUUUUGGCGAAGAGCCCGGGCAAAAGCUUUAUCUGUCAGCAAAAGUGGAUAUGAAAAGCUGCCAGACCAAACAAAAUCCUUCCAAUCUUUCAAGAACAACAGAGAAAGUACCUCCAGUUUUCAGCGCGAUCACGUGAUUGAGUAUCACGAUCGCGAGGAGGAAGAAGAGGAUGAUGAUGAUGAAGAUAUUGUUUACAUGGGUCAAGAUGGGACAGUGUAUCGAAAGUUUAAAUAUGGACUAUUAGAAGAUGAUGACGAUGAGGAUUUAGAAUAUGAUGAUGAAAGUUAUUCAUUUAGAUAAUUAAUAAAACACUCCUAUUCGCUAUGGUUAGUAGCACUGGAUGUGUGUAGACUGUAAGCAGAUAAAAAACAGGGUUGAUACCCCAAGCACCAAACACUUGCUUACAUUGUAUAGCCAGAAUAAUGGAAGCUGGUUGCUAUGGGUAACACCUUGACUUUUCAAGUCACAAUGGGGGUUAUUUACGAAAGGCAAAUCCACUUUGCACUAC